ACCCCCGUCUCCACGACGCCGCACCGCACGCGAGACUGACUAUUAGCUGCAGCUUGGCUCGACAUCUUGCUGCUUCAGACUGUGCAUUGCUCGCUGUGUGUAACCCAUUGCUGCCGCUCAGUGCUAGUUGCCUCGACAACACCACCAUAAAACAUAAACAAACCCUGCAUCUCCAUCUCCAUCACACUCUCUCCUAUUGCCCUCGCACCAUCACCACAAUGCCGCCUGCAAGCACCGCCCAGCCGAAGAAAUCGACGAAAUCGUCAAAGUCGACGAAAUCGAAAUCGUCAAAGACCGACUCCUCCAAGGUGCACAAGCUCGCCCUGAAGGGAUCCUCCAAAGUUGUGAACGAAUUCUUUGAGUACUCCAUAAACACUAUCCUCUUCCAGCGUGGCGUGUACCCUGCAGAAGACUUCACCGCAGUUAAGAAAUAUGGGUUGACUAUGAUGGUCACGGCGGACGACCAGGUCAAAGCGUACAUUAAGAAGAUCAUGUCGCAACUGAAAGACUGGAUGUACGGUGGCAAGAUAUCGAAGCUCAUCGUUGUCAUCACCAGUAAAGAAACUGGAGAGCACGUGGAGCGAUGGCAAUUUGAUGUCCAGAUCUUUGGCAAGAACGCCAAGACCAAGCCCUCCAAGGAGUCGACCGACAACGAAAACUCCGCAACAGAAGGAAAUGAUGGCCCAGAAGACAAGACCGAGACCGAGAUCCAGGCUGAGAUUCAGUCCAUCUUCCGACAAGUCACAGCUUCUGUCACCUUCCUACCCAUGCUCGACGGUAACUGCACUUUCAACGUGCUCGUCUAUGCUGAUGCAGACUCCGACGUACCUCUUGAGUGGGGCGACAGUGACGCGAAAGAGAUCAAGAAUGGCGAGAAGGUACAGCUGAGGAGCUUCAGCACAAGCAAUCACCGCGUAGACACACUUGUCAGCUACAGGUUGGCUGAUUGAGCGCGGUUCUUCUGCAUACAUGAGGUUCUUUUCUAGACGUGUGUUUUAUAUUCUUGUUUUGAUUGGUUUCGGGUCAGGCGUGUGGAGUUUAUCUACUUGACCAAUACCUUCCGAAUGAUUACUAGGCCGACGAGAGUAUGCCCAUACAUUCGAUAAGAAACAAUUCCAAUUCCAAUGUCAAAGUCAACACUCAGCCCUUUCACACAAAACUCAAGGUCACAUUCAGCUUACCCAAUCAAUCCCAUCUCAAUAUCCCC